UUGCGUUCGUCUCCCCAACAGCAACGAGAGAGAGCGAGAGAAGAAAUGGCCGGAGCGCUCGCGUACGAGGAGCAGCGCCGGAGGCAGAUGGAGGAGAACGAUCGCAAGCUGGAGGAGCUGGGUCUGCACCAGCUCUCCGCAGCCGUCAGGGAGGCCGCCGGCCGCAAGCCCUCGCCGGUCAGAUUGGAGGCCAAGUCUGUGAAGCCGAAGCAGGUGCCGCGGGACGCCCCGGUCCGGCAGUCCAGCCGUGUGGCCAGCCUCCCCAAGCAGCCCAAGUACCGCUACGAGGAUGACUACCCAACCUUGGUAGAGAAGAAGAAGAUUAGGAGGAGGGGGAGCAGCACGAGGAGUGACAUAAUUAAUCGAGUGGACGCCACAGACGAGGCCAGACUCCAUGCCAACUCCGAGGCCCAGGAGCUGCUGCGUAAGCUGGUGCCCGGCGGCAACCCCAGCUUUGUCAAGCCCAUGAAACAGUCUCAUGUCACCGGAGGCUUCUGGCUCGGCCUCCCGUCGCACUUCUGCGGCCUGUAUCUCCCGGGGAGUGAUGAUACCAUCACUCUGGAGGAUGAGGAGGGCGUCGAGUACAAAACGCGCUACCUCGCGCUUAAGACGGGCCUCAGCGCCGGAUGGAGAAGGUUCGCCUUGGACCACAACCUGGUUGAUGGUGACUGCUUGGUCUUCGAGUGGGUCGUGUGGAAUACCUUCUAUGUCUACAUUAUCAGACAAAGUUCCUACUACAAAUGAAUGCCGAAUGAUGAGGGUGUGAUAUACUGAGAUUCGAAGAUUCACAUGGGAGCAGGUCUACUUGAAGGAAUUGGACGACGAGUUUGCAAGUUGAGAAGUUCAUGGAUUCUCAUGGUAGUUAUGUUUGGACUUUUAUAUGGGAACCGAUGACAUUUGUAAAUAAUUCAUGUUUCCCAAUCCUUGUUUCCAUCCGACUUUACGUGAUUUCCCAUUUAACCUACUAUCCAUGAACACAUAAGUUGGGUAUUCCUUUUGCUUCUAUGAUCAUACAGACAUACUUCCUCUAUUUUUCUUUGUAAACC